AAGUUUCAUUUGUUGCCUAAGAUACACAAACCUGGCAACUCUGGACGACCAAUUGUCUCCGCUUGCUCAUGUCCUACAGAGAAUUUAGCUUUGUAUCUCGACAAGGUAACAGCUCCCUUCGUACGCGGCUUGGAGAGUUACGUGAAAGACACCACCCAUAUUCUGAACAUACUAGACUCUUUUCGUUUCAUCAACGACGGGGGGCAGAGUUUGGUGUUCACAAUGGACAUCAAAUCACUGUAUACAGUCAUCCCAAAUGAUGAAGGUCUAGUGUCGCUAAAAUAUUUCCUAGACAAGAGGGAGGUCAAAGACCCACCAACUGAUACCCUUGUUCGCAUGGCGGAAUUGCUGCUGACCCUCAACACCUUUGAGUUCAACGGCGAUUAUUACAAGCAAGUAGGCGGCGUGGCAAUGGGUAGCAGAUUAGGGCCAAACUACUCAUGCCUCUUCGUUGGCUAUGUC